AUGAGGCCGGCCGUGGUGUUCCUGGGGGCCCUGGUGGGGCUGCUGGCUGCCCAGGGGACAGGGAACGACUGUCCUCGUAAAAAGUCGGCCACUCUGCUGCCAUCCUUCACGGUGACCCCGACCCCGACCCCGACCCCGACGACAACAGAAAGCACGGCAAGCCCUGCGACCACGAGCCACGUAACUACCACCGCGGGCGCCACCAGCCACAAGCCCACGACGGCCACGCCCCGGCCCCCGACCACCCCCCACCACGGAAACACCACGGUCCGUCCAACAGCGAGCAACAGCACCGCCACCAGCCCAAACGCCUCCACCAGCUCCCCCCACCCAGGGCCGCCGCCGCCACCCCCGCCGAGUCCCAGCCCAGGGCCCCAGGAGGCCGUAGGAGACUACACUUGGACUAAUGGUUCCCAGCCCUGCGUCCGGCUCCAAGCCCGGAUUCAGAUCGGAGUUGUGUACCCGACCCAGGGCGGAGGAGAGGCCUGGGGCAUCUCCGUACUGAACCCCAACAAAACCAAGCCCCAGGGGGGCUGUGAGGGCGCCCGCCCCCAUCUGCUUCUCUCCUUCCCCUUCGGACAGCUCAGCUUCGGGUUCGAGCAGGAGCCACGGCACGGCGCAGUCUACCUGAAGUACCUGGCUCUGGAGUACAACGUGUCCUUCCCACAGGCAGCGCAAUGGACCUUCUCGGGUCAGAAUUCAUCCCUUCGAGCUCUCCAAGCCCCCCUGGGCCAGAGCUUCGGCUGCAGAAACGCAAGCAUCCUUCUGGCGCCGGCUUUGCGCCUUGACCUGCUCCACCUGAAGCUACAGGCCGCUCAGCUCCCCCCCUCAGGGGCCUUUGGGCCAAGUUUCUCUUGUCCCAGCGACCAAUUCAACCUGCUGCCCCUCAUCAUCGGCUUGAUCUCGCUCGGCCUCCUCACCCUGCUGCUGGUUACAUUCUGCAUCGUCCGGAGACGCCCACCGGCCUACCAGCCCCUCUGA